CUCUCCUGCCCCCCGCACCUCGCCCUCCCUCACCUGCGCCCGGCCGGCAUGUCGCUCUUCGACGCGCCGCGCUCGGCCCUGCCGCGCUGGGACGCCGCCUCCAUCGACGGCUUCUCCACGCACUCCGCCAGCGCCGACCCCUGGGGCGCCGGUGGUGCGCAGCCGCAGCAGCACGCCGCGCACAGCCGCGCCCACGCCGGCAGCAGUGCCGCCUCGGCCUCCGCCUCGGGCUCCUCGUCGCGCGCCAGCUCGCCGCAGCGUCGCCCGCACAGCUGCGCCAGUGCCGGCGCCGACGACGCCGCGACCGUCGAGGUGCCGGCGCCCCUGCUCGACGCCUGGCACACCGUGGCGCCGGGCGGCGCACGCUCGCCCAGCGUGGCGCCCGAGCAGGCCGCGCGCGUGCUGGCCUCGUCGGGCAUCGACACCGCGCGCGUGCAGCAGAUCCUCGCGCUGCUGCCCGCCGGCCCGCUCUCGCUGCCCGUCUUCUGCCUCGCCCUCGUGCUGCUCGCACACAUGCAGGACGGCUCUGCGCCAAAUGUGUCACUGGCGCGACAGCAGCUGCGCAGUGGCGAUCCACCGCUGCCUACGCUCGAUCUGGCGCACCUGCCGCCCGCCAACUCGCGCUUCCGUGCGCAGGCCGGAAGCAGCAGCUGGGAUGCGCCGGCGGAACGCAGCGCCGCGUCGCCCGAGCCGCUGCCGCCUUCCGUCUCUGGCUUUGCCUCGCUGCGUGCCGGCUCAGGCUGGGGUGCUUCGGCAGCUGCUGUCGCUCGCGAUGCCUCCUCUCGGCCCGCACGCCGCAACUCGCUGCCCUCGAGCGCUGCGGCGCCGCGCAGUCGGCCCACAGGGCCCGAGCCCAGCGUGCAAGUGCGUCUCUCGCGCGCCCAGGGCGGCACGUACUUUCGGCACACGCUCUACACCAUCGCGUCUUUCCUGCCUGGCGCACCACUGCUCAAUCCCGCGUCGUACGGCGGCCGAGGCGUGGCGCACACCGUGCAGCGCCGCUACUCGGACUUUACUUGGCUGGCUGAGGCGCUCGUCAAGCGCUACCCAUUCCGGCUGCUGCCGGGGCUGCCGCCGAAGCGCAUGGGCCUGCCGCUGCCUGCGCUCAAUUUCUCGACCGAUGAGGGCUUCGUGGAGCAGCGCCGCCGCGGCCUGCAGCGCUACCUCCGCUCCAUCGUCUCGCAUCCUGUGCUGCGCAGCGACUCGCUCGUGCUUGUCUUUCUGACCGAGACGCAGCCGCUGGCCGAGUGGCGCGUCUCUGCGCCGACGCCCGAGCUGGAGGAAGAGGGCAACUCGCGCAUCCUCACUCCCGAGGAGCUGCAGUCCGUGCCCUCGGACCUCGAGUCCAAGAUGCAAGCCUCUCGCGCCGCGACACCCGGCAUGGUGGAGCGGCAAGUCUCGCUCGUGCACUCGUUUGAGCGCGCCCUGCGCCGCCGCGAGGCCGAGGGCGCGGAGCACGCGCGCAUGGCCGAGAUGCUUGAGAGCUUGCAGGCGUGCCGCAAGGGCGUGUGGAAGCCGGAGAGCGAGCGUGACGACGAGACGGAGGGAAGACUGGCACAGGCGGAGAAGGACUUUGCGGACCUGGCCGGCGCACGUGCUCAGGCCAUGGCGACCGACAUGCUCGAGGCUCUCAGAUACCAGCGCGACCUGUGGUUCGCCGCGCGCGACCUGUGGGCGCGGCACGAGCGGCUCUCGCCCGACGCCGUCGAGGCGACGCGCAAGAAGCUCGAGGCCAACGCCAAGCGCCUCGUCGUGCUGCGGCAGGAGCGUGCGCCGGGCUGGGAGGAGGAGGCGAAGCGCCUGCGUGUCGCGCUCGAGGAUGACAACGCGCUGGUGGAGCGUGCGCUGCGACGACGGGAACACACGCGCAUGGCCCUCUGGGAAGAGCUGCAGCGUCUGCACUGGCAGAGCCGCCUUGUCGAGGGCGAGUGGCGCGCACACGCCAAGCGCGAGGCGGCGCACCUGGCCGCGACGAGACGUGCUGCAGAUGAACUCGCUGCGGCGCUAGAUACCAUGUCCCAGAUCUGACCGGGCGCAAUUACAUGAGAUGCGGACGCGAGAGACGGCAACGGCGGAGCAAGCAUGCAGAGACGGCAGCUGGGA